AUGUCAAGGGCUCCAAUCAUGAUAAGCGAACUGAAACCAGAGCAGAAUGUAUGGAAAAUCGUUGUGCGUGUGGUCGGUAUUUGGAUUGUGAAGGAAAGAAACGGACAACAGCAUCUUGAGGCUAUUCUGCAAGAUGUUAAGGCGUAUCAGAUUCAUGUGGUUACCCGCUCUCGAGAUCUUGAAAGCUGGAAAAAGAUUUUGCAGGAGAACCAAACUUAUAUGGUUUACAAUGGGGAAGCAUUGAUGAAUGACAUGCAACUUAAAGUUUGUGACAACAAAUUCAAACUGUUCUUUAAUCGUUCAACCACAAUCACUGCAUUAGACAUUCCAGAUAUUCCAUCCCACACUUUCCAUUUCAAGUCCCUGACUGAAUUUUUAAACGGCAAUUUUAAAGUUGACCGCCUUUACGACGUCAUCAGCGUUGUGCAGCAAGUUAUUCGUACUCAAGGUGCUGGAGCAGGAAAAAAGGCUUGCAUAAACUUGACGCUGGCGGAUGAAUGUGGUGCUGAAAUGGAAUUGACUUUAUGGGAGGCAUAUGCCAGCCAGUUCAUGAACUACACUGCUGAUGGCCAACUGGUCCUCAUACUUACUCAUUCAUGGUGUAGACAAAGUUCAUCUAAUGGAAAGCUUACCCUUUCAAGGUUAGCAAAUCAUGUCAUCGAGGCUAAGAUUAUAUCAGGUACUAAUAUUGGAAACACUAUUUACAUACCUAGGAUGUCUCUGUCUCCUUCUCAAUCUCCUUGGCCAUUCAAACUUAUUAGUCAUUUGCCAUGA